CGAUCUGCUCGUUGCUCGUGUCGUCACACUCACAUACACACACGCGCGCGGACGUAGGACGACGAGUUGUGCUUAUAGUUUGACACGGAAGCUUUACCUAUAGGUGCCAAAUCGCAGUGAACAUGGCUGAACACCGUGCCACAAAAUCUGGACUUGCAGCGGAGGCUCAUAGUAAGAUACAAUCCAAGUAUGAUUCCGAGCUGGCAUCUCAACUCCUCGUCUGGGUGAAGGACACCACUAACCUGGAGAUCAACACAUCAGGAGACAUGGACACUUUCUACGAGCAGUUGAAGGAUGGUACUGUCCUAUGCAAACUGAUCAAUGUUCUGAAACCUGGCGCAAUACCUGACAAGAAAAUCAACACGAGCAAAAUGGCCUUCAAGUGUAUGGAGAACAUCAACCAGUUUUUGGACCAUGCACGACAACUUGGAGUUCCUGCUCAGGAGACAUUCCAGACUGUGGAUCUCUGGGAGAAACAGAACCUUCUUUCCGUGUGCAUUUGCCUCCAGUCCUUAGCAAGGAAGGCCCCGAAAUACGGCGUCCAAGGCAUGGGACCAAAGGAGGCCGAGGCCAACGUCCGAAACUUUUCCGACGAGCAGUUGAAGGCGGGUCAGAGCGUCAUCAGCUUGCAGUAUGGUUCCAACAAGGGCGCGAACCAGAGUGGCAUCAACUUCGGCAACACUCGUCACAUGUAAAAUUGCGGGGAUAUUUUUCAUUUCUUUUUUUGAAGUCUAAGCAUAUUUUACUCUCGCUGUUCGUCACUUUGGCUCCCUCCCGAGGACACAGAGAGAAAGAGCUAUUUAUUUUUUACACCGUGAGAACAAGAGGUAAUCAAACAGUGACGUUAUAGUGACACAGUCUAACCCCUUUUGCAGACAAACACCGGGAGGAGUAGAGGAUUUAUUUUGGUAGAACGUGGCCUUCCAAUUACCCGAGACACGCAUUAUUUGUUGAGCAAAGCAGCACACUGAGUCCACCUUCCUUUAAAAAAAAAAAAAAAGUAUUUUUUUGUGGAUUCUCAGCUUGAUGGUAUGGUGCAUUCCAUGUUGAAUUUUCUAUAAAGAACAGAUUUUCAUAAA